UUUCUAAUUUUGGAGCAUUUCAGAUUUCAGAUAUUUGGACGGGGGAUGCUCAAACUAUAUAGUUAUGGAGUCCUUUUGGCCCCACGAAAUUGACUCCUCUAAACUCAGAGGCUGUCUUACCAACCUGUUUUGUACUCUCCUGAUUUUUAGUAAGCUUUUUAACUGUAGAAAUCACAUCAAAAGCUUAAAAAUUUUCAUGAAGAAACUAGAAUUUGCUUUCAUUAUUUUGUUUUUUUCCCCAUCUUUUUAUUUCAAGCUUAUAGAAAAGUCGAAAGAACAAUAAUCUCCCGUUAUACCUUUCAUCUAGACUCACUAUUAACGUCUGGCCAUGUUUGGUUUUCUCUAUACACAGGUGUAUAUAGCCUCGGCCUCACCAUGUGUGUAAGGAGCUGUUUCCAGUCCUCCUGUCUCCAGUGGGCGUGGAGGACAGCCUUCCUGAAACACAUCCAGCGCAGGCACCAGGGGUCCCACCGAUGGACGCACCUUGGAGGCAGCACCUAUAGAGCAGUGAUUUUCGACAUGGGCGGAGUUCUCAUUCCUUCUCCCGGGAGAGUCGCUGCGGAAUGGGAGGUACAGAAUCGUAUCCCUUCUGGAACUAUUUUAAAGGCCUUGAUGGAAGGUGGUGAAAAUGGGCCCUGGAUGAGAUUUAUGAGAGCAGAAAUAACAGCAGAGGGUUUUUUACGAGAAUUUGGGAGACUAUGCUCUGAAAUGUCAAAAACCUCCGUGCCUGUGGACUCAUUUUUCUCUCUGCUGACCAGUGAGCGAGUGGCAAAGCAGUUCCCAGUGAUGACUGAGGCCAUAACUCAAAUUCGGGCAAAAGGUCUUCAGACUGCAGUCUUGAGCAAUAAUUUUUAUCUUCCCAACCAGAAAAGCUUUUUGCCCCUGGACCGGAAACAGUUUGAUGUGGUCGUGGAGUCCUGCGUGGAAGGAAUCUGUAAGCCAGACCCUAGGAUCUACAAGCUGUGCUUGGAGCGGCUCGGCCUGCAGCCCUCUGAGUCUAUCUUUCUUGAUGACCUUGGACCAAAUCUAAAAGCAGCUGCCAGCCUUGGUAUUCACACCAUUAAGGUUAAUGACCCAGAGACUGCAGUAAAGGAAUUAGAAGCUCUCUUGGGUUUUACAUUGAGACUAGGUGUUCCAAACACUCAGCCUGUGAGAAAGACGAUGGAAAUUCCGAAAGAUUCCUUGAAGAAGUACCUCAAAGACUUACUGGGUAUCCAGACCACAGGCCCAUUGGAACUCCUUCAGUUUGAUCACGGGCAGUCAAAUCCAACUUACUACAUCAGGCUGGCUAAUCGUGAUCUGGUUCUGAGGAAGAAGCCCCCAGGGACACUCCUUCCAUCUGCCCAUGCCAUAGAGAGGGAGUUCAGGAUUAUGAAAGCCCUUGCAAAUGCUGGAGUACCUGUACCUAACGUUCUUGAUCUCUGUGAAGAUUCAAGUGUCGUUGGCACCCCAUUCUAUGUGAUGGAGUACUGCCCAGGUCUCAUCUACAAAGACCCUUCCCUGCCAGGCUUGGAACCCAGCCACAGGCGAGCCAUAUACACUGCUAUGAACACAGUCCUGUGCAAAAUUCACAGUGUGGAUCCCCAGGCUGUGGGGCUUGAAGACUAUGGGAAGCAAGGGGCCUAUAUUCCACGCCAGGUGCGAACCUGGGUUAAGCAGUAUCGGGCUUCUGAAACCAGCACCAUCCCAGCUAUGGAGAGGCUGAUCGAGUGGCUCCCCCUCCAUCUUCCCCAUCAGCAGAGGACCACACUGGUGCACGGGGACUUCAGGCUCGACAACCUGGUGUUUCAUCCAGAAAAGCCAGAGGUGCUUGCUGUCCUUGACUGGGAACUUUCUACCUUGGGUGACCCCCUCAUCGAUGUGGCCUACAGCUGCCUGGCUCAUUACCUGCCGUCCAGUUUUCCCGUGCUGAGAGGUUUUAAUGACUGUGACUUGACACAGCUGGGAAUCCCUGCUGCAGAGGAGUAUUUCAGGAUGUACUGCCUCCAAGUGGGACUCCCUCCCACUGAGAACUGGAACUUCUAUAUGGCUUUUUCCUUUUUCCGUUUGGCUGCAAUCCUACAGGGAGUCUACAGGCGAUCACUCACAGGGCAAGCAAGCUCCGCGCAUGCGGAACAAACUGGAAAGCUGACCGAAUUUGUGUCUAACCUGGCAUGGGAUUUCGCAGUCAAAGAAGGGUUCCGGGUUUUCAAAGAGAUGCCCUUCAAAAAUCCGUUAACAAGGUCCUGCCACACGUGGGCUAGGUCCCAGUCCCAGUGGUACCCCAUAGGUACCAGGAGUUAUAGCUCCGUUCCAGAAGCUUCCCCAGCUCAUGCCUCAAGGGGAGGUCUGGUUAUCUCUCCAGAGAGCCUCUCUCCACCUGUCAGAGAGCUGUAUCACCGGCUGAAGCACUUCAUGGAGCAGCACGUGUACCCUGCGGAGCCAGAGCUGCAGAGUCACCAGGCCUCAGCAGCCAGGUGGAGCCCCUCCCCACUGAUCGAAGACCUCAAGGAGAAAGCCAAGGCGGAAGGACUUUGGAACCUUUUUCUACCCUUGGAGGCUGAUCCUGAGAAAAAAUACGGAGCAGGACUGACCAAUGUGGAAUAUGCACAUCUGUGUGAGCUCAUGGGCACGUCCCUGUAUGCCCCCGAGAUAUGUAACUGCUCUGCGCCUGACACGGGCAACAUGGAGCUGCUGGUGAGGUAUGGCACCGAAGCGCAGAAGGCUCGCUGGCUGAUGCCUCUACUGGAGGGGAAAGCCCGCUCCUGUUUUGCUAUGACUGAGCCCCAGGUACCUUGCCUGGGCUGCCACCCACUUGCCUGGCCCUGUUGUUGUCAGGCCCGCAGGAAACACGGGCUAUCUACCGGCAGCUCUGACUGGAAUGUGCUCCCCACUCAGGUUGCCUCUUCAGAUGCCACCAAUAUUGAGGCUUCCAUCAGAGAGGAGGACAGCUUCUAUGUCAUAAAUGGUCACAAAUGGUGGAUCACAGGCAUCCUGGAUCCUCGUUGCCAACUCUGUGUGUUUAUGGGAAAAACAGACCCACAUGCACCAAGACACCGGCAGCAGUCCGUGCUCUUGGUUCCCAUGGAUACCCCAGGGAUAAAAAUCAUCCGGCCUCUGACAGUGUAUGGACUGGAGGAUGCACCAGGUGGCCAUGGUGAAGUCCGAUUUGAGCACGUGCAUGUGCCCAAAGAGAACAUGGUCCUGGGCCCUGGCCGAGGCUUUGAGAUUGCCCAAGGCAGACUGGGCCCCGGCAGGAUCCAUCACUGCAUGAGGCUGAUCGGGUUCUCAGAGAGGGCCCUGGCGCUCAUGAAGGCCCGCGGUUCCAUCAUCUGGCCUGUACCACCCUCCUCCACAGCACAUCCAGAAAACUAUUCUGCCAUGACCCCACCGCCCCCAAAGUUUGGAAACCUAGGUUAAAAGACAGCUGCUGCCAGGACAAGAAUUCAAAUUGGUGAUUAUCAAUUUCAGAAAGGUGACGCAUACCAUGGGACUAAAACCAGUGUCUCACAAGAACUGCUAUUGAAAGAACAGAGGCAGUCUGCAUUUUUGAUUACUGAGCAAACCUGUGAUUUACACCCUUUUUAGUUAAGACUGACCAGUUAUUUUUUCUUUCUAAGUAAAACGCUCCUGUCUGUGGACUCAGGUAUGGUGCUUCAGCCCCAUGUGGCAUUAAAUUCAACCUGGCAGAACAAUUGGACUGAAUGAAUCAGACAGAAGUCUCCAGAAAGUACAUAGCAUGAACAUGGCACCUCCACUGAGGACUUGGUUGGAGUAAUUAGGAAUCUACAAAAGAUUUGCUACUAGGAGGUUCACCACAGUGCUCAUUCAGAUAGCAAAAUUCUGAACAACUUAUAAGGAUAACAAUGACUGUUGGACAAAUGAACCACGAGAUGACAUACAGUGAGACUUUAAA